AUGGGCUGGUCACUCGCCUCCCUGUCAACCACGCCCGACGUGCCCAUACCAACGACCCUCUCCCACAAUCUGAGAGACUCUGAAAUCAACCGCAUAAUCGCCGUAAUAAAAGGCUUCAUCUCCUCCCUGAAUGCCAAGAACACCUCGGAGUUCGAGAAAUACUGCGUCCGCGCAGGAGGAAUGUCUCUCAGGCCUCCAGCGCCCACAAUGCCUCGCUUCUGCACAAUCGGCGCCUUUGUGGAGUACACCGCCAAACUGGACCAUGAUAUCAACGAGCGAAUUUUGGAUGCCGAAGUCAAAGUGAAUGAGGAGGGGAAUCUGGCAGCUGUAUGGGCGCCUUUUCGGGCGAAGGUGAAUGGUGUUGUGAACCACGUCGGUGUGGAACUAUUCAUCCUGCAUAAGCUUAACGGGGGGUGGAAGGUUACUGCGCUGGCGGAUUCGUGCAGAAGGCCGACGGAGGAGGAGAAAAUCUUACUGCUCUGA